UGGCGGCGCCAGAGGAGGAUCCGGGCAUUGGGGAUGAGGAGCGGUUGGAUUUCCUGAAGGAGCGGCACGUGCGCUUCUUCCAGCGCUGCCUGCAGAUCCUGCCCGAGAGAUACUCGUCCCUGGAGACUAGCAGUUACUGAUCCAUGAGAGGACCUGCCCUCUUAUCCCGUGAUUGCUUAGUUUGCUUAAGAGGCUUUGGUGAGGGAUCUUCUCAAAGGCUUGUGCACUAUAUGCAUUGGAUCACCCUUGUCCACGUUUGUUUGACUGUCUCAGAGAAUUAUGGUGGUUUGGUUGACAAUUGCAUUUUUCGCACUCUCUGGUCUGGAUAUGUUGGAUUCCUUAGAUGUGGUGAACAAAGAUGAUAUAAUAGAAUGGAUUUAUUCCCUGCAGGUCCUCCCCACAGAAGACAGAUCAAAUUUAAAUCGCUGUGGAUUCCGAGGAUCUUCAUAUUUGGGGGUGCCAUUCAAUCCAUCCAAGGGUCCUGGUAUAUCUCAUCCCUAUGACAGUGGUCACAUAGCAAUGACAUACACUGGCCUAUCAUGCUUGGUUAUUCUUGGAGAUGACUUGAGUCGAGUAAAUAAAGAUGCCUGCUUGGCAGGACUGAGAGCUCUCCAACUGGAAGAUGGAAGUUUCUGUGCUGUGCUUGAAGGUAGUGAGAAUGACAUGAGAUUUGUAUACUGUGCUUCCUGUAUCUGCUACAUGCUGAACAACUGGUCAGGCAUGGAUCUGAAGAAAGCGAUAGAAUAUAUAAGAAGAAGUAUGUCUUAUGAUAAUGGGCUGGCACAGGGAGCUGGACUUGAAUCUCAUGGUGGCUCCACGUUCUGUGGUAUUGCCUCACUGUGCUUGAUGGGUAAAUUGGAGGAAGUAUUUUCAGAGAAAGAACUGAACAGAAUAAAGAGAUGGUGCAUAAUGAGACAACAGAAUGGCUAUCAUGGACGUCCCAACAAACCUGUAGACACCUGCUACUCAUUUUGGGUAGGAGCAACACUUAAGCUCUUGAAAAUAUUCCAAUAUACAAAUUUUGAGAAAAACAGAAAUUACAUCUUGUCAACUCAAGAUCGUCUUGUUGGUGGAUUUGCCAAGUGGCCAGAUAGCCACCCAGAUGCUUUGCAUGCAUACUUCGGGAUCUGUGGCCUGUCGUUAAUGGAGGAAUCGGGCAUUUGCAAAGUUCACCCGGCCCUGAAUGUAAGCACAAGAACCUCUGAGCGCCUUCAGCACCUCCAUCAGCUCUGGAAAACUAAGGACUCUAAACAGUGUUCAGAUGACGUGCACAUCUCUACAUGACUGAUUUAGACUCAAGCUUAGUUUGGUAGCAUAACUGUAGCCCAGGGUUAAAAGCCAUGUAUAACCAAUGUGCUCUUUUUAAGUGCUGGAGUCAUACAAUCAAAUCCAUGUUACUGGCGUCUCUUUUUUAGCGAAUGGCCUUUAGCCAGUUGUUCACUGGGAUAAAAGGAAAUUUCAGUUGUGUAGAAGUUUGCCACUGCAGACUCCUGAAAUGGCUCGUACUUCUAAGAAAUCCCUUGAGGCAAAUUUGUUUUCAUUUGUAUUUUAUUUUUUAAAAUUUGUGCAUACUGUGUCAAAGUUUAUAAUGGGGGAAGUGUCUUCAAAAUCUGUUUACAUAUUAUCAUACAGUAUAGCACUGAACCUCACAAAGUUCUUAAUGAUCGUCAUGUUUGGGUAGAGAAACCCCUAUGUUAGGUCUCAGUUGAAAGUAGAUGUCAGCUUCCAUAACCUUUGUAAACAAAAAAUAAAAUUAUUUUAUUCAAUAUAGACAGUA